AUGGCGCAGCCGUAUGCAUUGUAUAACCUCAAACAUUCCCUGCCGAACACCGAUACUUCCGCCGCCUUUGUUGGCGACUCGCCUGUGUCCCAGCUGACUAAAACUGGCAACGCAGCAGGCGCGAAGCGCGAACCUUGCCGGUCGUCCCCAGCUCCAGCUGCCCCGAUGAUUCCCGAGUGCCCGUCGAUUGUCGAUUGUUCUUGCUCCGCUUUAACUCCGCGGGUCGUAUGCACGCUAUUCCCGAAACUUCCGUCCCUUGUCCCCUUGUUUUUGGCCGUGCGCCCCUCCCAAAAUAAAUUCCCCUUCCCUUCCUGUCUCGCCACUCUCACCGUGUCUAACACAGAUUGCUCUACGCUUAUCUCCUCUAUCUCCCGGCCCACAUUCUCGGUGCCCCUGUCUAGCCAGCCGCCAACAUCGCACAAUCAAGCUCAAACAAUCAGGCCAGGCCCAUGCAGAUCAUACAAAUCAGUCUAUAUUGCUAUAUUGCUAUAUUGCUAUAUUACACUGCAAUACUGCAAUACUGCAAUAUUACAAUAUUACAACACUGCAAUAUUACAACACUGCAACAUUUCAACACUGCAACAUUGGUCACUACUCCAUAUAAAUACCCAAGCAAGAUCCAUCCAGAUAUCCGACUCAUCGUUCUCUCUCUCUCCCCCUUUACUCAAUGAAACUACCAACAAAUCCUUUAGCUUAUUGUCUCAAGUACUCCUUCAAAAACAAGUACAAAUACAAUAA